AUGUCAGACGGCACCAUCUUCAAGCCGGAGAAGGACUUUACGAAAGAGGCGGAUAAGAUUCUCCCCGAAGCAGAAGCACUAGCGAAGAAAGAUCUUCACAAAGCCAUUGACAAGAUUCUGCUGCUUGAGAAGCAAGCAAGACAAUCCUCAGAUCUCGCGACAACCUCCCGGUGUCUCGUUACCAUUGUUACGCUAUGCAAAGAGGCCGGGGAUUGGAGCUUGAUGAACGAGCAAGUCCUCCUCCUGUCGAAGAAACAUGGCCAACUCAAACAAGCCAUCACAAACAUGGUGCAGGUUGUCAUGGGCUUCCUUGACGACACACCGAAUCUUGAUACAAAGCUCAGUGUCAUUGAGGCGCUCCGGACCGUGACCGAGGGCAAGAUCUUCGUCGAGGUCGAACGUGCCAGAAUCACCCGAAUACUUUCCAACAUCAAGAAAGAGCAAGGCGACAUCAAGUCAGCAUGUGAUAUCCUCUGCGAACUCCAAGUGGAGACUUUCGGCUCGAUGACGAGAAGAGAAAAGACAGAAUUCAUCCUAGAACAGGUGGCACUGUGUAUACAGAACAACGACUGGACGCAAGCCGGUAUUCUAAGCAGAAAAAUCAGCACAAGAUAUUUUGCCCGAAAGCCGAAGAAGACACCUGAGCAGUUGGAAAAGGAGAGGAAGGAGAAAGAAGCAAAGAAGAAGUCUGAGGAGCAGUCUGAACAGGAGCCAGAAGACGACGUGACGGAUCUCAAACUGCGAUAUUACGAACAACAGAUUACACUGGCGAAACACGAAGACAAAUACCUCGAAGUAUGCAAACAUUACCGACAAGUUUUGGAUACGGAGUCCGUCGAGAACAAUCCUGAACAGCUCCAUGCCGUUCUCCAAAGAGUCAUCUACUUUGUCUUGCUCGCCCCGUAUGAUAAUGAACAGUCCGAUCUUCUACACCGCAUCUAUCAAGACAGUCGCAAUUCUGAAAUCCCCAAAGACGCAGCCCUGUUGAAACAGUUCACCAUUCCGGAACUCAUGCGAUGGCCCAUGGUCGAGCAGCAGUAUGGUGAACACCUUUGCUCAACAGACAUCUUUUCCAAAACCCCGGACGCGAGUGAUCCGCAGGCCCAUACGCGAUACGAAGCACUGAGGCAUCGGGUGAUUGAGCACAAUGUUCGCGUCAUUGCCAAGUAUUACACACGCAUCACGUUCCCGCGUUUGACGGAGCUCUUGGAUCUCUCGGAUGAUGAGACCGAGAAAUACAUAUCGGACCUAGUGACGAAGAAGACGGUGUAUGCGCGCAUCGACCGGCCUGCCCGAGUGGUGAGCUUCGAAGUCAAACGCGGACCGGAUGAGGUGUUGGACGAAUGGGGCAACAGCAUGAAAGGGCUAUUGCAGCUUUUGGAGAGGGUGGGACAUUUGAUGCAGAGAGAGGAGAUGAUGGCGAGGAUUCAGCCCAAGGAGGAAGUCAAAAGAGCCAAGGCCUAG